GAAUCACGAUCGCAAAGAGAGCAAGCAAGAGCGACUCGGUCCGUCUUCCCGUCUCAGUCUUUAGAGAUCACCGCCAUCGCUCGCUAGUUCACCUGGCGAUCUGCGCUCUCUCUCCCCUCACAAUGGGCGAGAGGAAGUUGACGGCGCCGCUCAUCUUGACGCUGGUUGCGUCCCUUUUCUUCCAGAUUUGGGCGUCGGAUCCGCUGUUCUAUGAGUCCUUUGAUGAAUCGUUCGAGGCUCGAUGGACCGUCUCCGAGCAGGCGGAUUACCAAGGUACAUGGAAACACUCGAAGAGUGAUGGUCAUGAAGACUAUGGGCUUCUCGUCAGUCAACAAGCGCAAAAAUAUGCCAUUGUUAAGGAACUUGAGGAGCCAAUUGUCCUCAAGGAUGGAACAAUUGUUCUUCAGUUUGAAGUUCGGUUACAAAAUGGACUUGAAUGUGGAGGUGCAUAUCUGAAAUACCUUCGUCCACAGGAAGCUGGAUGGACUCCCAAGGGAUUUAACAAUGAGUCUCCAUAUACCAUAAUGUUUGGACCUGAUAAGUGUGGGUCCACAAAUAAGGUGCACUUCAUUCUUCAGCACAAGAAUCCUAAAACUGGGAAGUUUGUGGAGCACCAUCUAAAGUAUCCUCCGUCAGUACCAGUUGACAAAAACUCACAUGUUUAUACUGCUAUCCUGAAACCUGACAAUGAGCUGAAAAUUUUGAUUGAUGGCGAAGAGAAGAAAAAAGCAAAUUUCUUGUCUUCUGACGAUUUUGAGCCAGCUCUUAUUCCACCCAAGAUGAUACCUGACCCUGAUGACAAGAAACCUGAGGAUUGGGAUGAGAGAGCUAAAAUUCCAGAUCCUGAUGCAGUAAAGCCUGAUGACUGGGAUGAAGAAGCACCAAUGGAGAUUGAAGAUGAGGAAGCUGUCAAGCCAGAAGGAUGGCUGGACGAUGAACCUGAGGAUGUUGAUGACCCUGAAGCCACAAAGCCAGAGGACUGGGAUGACGAAGAGGAUGGAGAAUGGGAAGCACCCAAGGUUGACAACCCGAAGUGUGAAGAAGCACCUGGAUGUGGAGAGUGGAAAAGACCCGUGAAGAGGAAUCCAGCAUACAAGGGGAAAUGGUCUGCUCCUCUAAUUGACAAUCCAAAUUACAAGGGUAUUUGGAAGCCACAAGAGAUAGAUAAUCCUGAGUACUAUGAACUUGACAAGCCCAAUUUUGAGCCCAUUGCUGCCAUUGGUAUUGAGAUAUGGACUAUGCAAGAUGGUAUUCUGUUUGACAACAUUUUGAUAGCUAGCAACGAGAAGGUUGCCGAACAAUACCGGUUGGAGACGUGGAAGCCCAAGUCUGAGGUUGAGAAAGAGAAGCAGAAGGCUGAAGAAGCAGCUGCUGAGUUUAAAGAUGGACUUUCAGGUUUCCAGAAGAAAAUAUUUGAUGUCCUCUACAAGAUUGCGGACGUUCCUUUCUUGGAACCAUACAAGAUCAAAAUCAUUGAUGUUAUUGAGAAGGCAGAGAAACAACCUACCAUCACUAUUGGAGUCCUGGUGUCCACAGUAGUGGUAUUUAUCACUGUUAUACUCAGGCUUCUCUUUGGUGGCAAAAAGCAACCUCAGGCACCAGUAGCACCGACUGCUUCCGAAACCAAGCCAGCCAGAGCUGCUGAGAAUGAUGCUGCAGCAACCACCGAGGAGAAAGAAGAGAACGGGAAAGCUGAUGAUGCAUCUGCUCCUAGAGCUCGGAAGUCGAGAAGGGAGACAUGAGGUAGCAAGUUUUGCCUCAGAUGUUGGAGUUUAGAUUUGGCGUUACAUUGUUAGGCUUUCCAAUGUGACAUAUUGAAGAUUACUGGGCUGUAUUCAAGAUCAAGCCAAUGCCUCCCUCCCAACCGUAGUUAACUUUACAAGCUUGAUUGCACUUGAAUUUAUCGGCUAGAAAUCUAUGACUACGUACGUUCUUGUAAUUUCCUUGGUUGAACUAUAUUUUUGGAGCUUUUAUUCUUAAAAAAAUUAAGAGUGAUUUUGAUUUUAA